AUGAAGAACCUACCAUCUUCUCUUCACCUGCUGUUAUUGGCUAUGCUGUAUUUUGUGCUCCAAGGUGACAGGAAAAUACUGUUUUCAUGGGAGAAGAGAAAGAAAACGAAUGCCCAGCAAGAAAAAAGACAAGGAGUGGGCCUGUCGCUUGGUAUGGGAGGAGGAGGCGAUGUGCAGACAGCUGCAACUGUAGCUCCGCAGAGACAGGCAGAGGCUCUUACGCCCCAAACAGCACCACCACAGCCACUUGAAGAAACCGUCAUCACAUCUGCUCGAACAAAUGCCGACCAAUAUUCCAUUUCACACCUAGUUGUCCUUGUGCAAGGUCCCGCCCGAAUGUUGGGUCACUGGAAACAACGACUCCGCGAUGCAGGCGUGGAAAAAAGUGUUUUAUUGGUCUAUGCAUCCUUUGAUAAACCGGCUAAAGAUCCCGAAUGCGAUGUCUUGGAAAAUGGCCAAUGGUCGUCCUUUUGCCGCACCCUGUUUAUCCCCGAUACCACUUGGACGGAAGGAAGAAAUGAACUGGUCAAGUAUGCGCACUGCGAAGAGCAGAUUAGAGAGCAAGAGUUUAGAUAUUGGAUCUUUUCGGAUGAUGAUGUAGAGCUUGAAUGCCACAUACCUGACGAUAUGGCCACCACGACCAACAACUUGAAUGGGACUGUCUGCUGGACACUUUAUUUUGACUUUUUGGACACGCAAAUGCUAUCCUCUCAAGCUGUAUUCUAUGCCUUGCGAGAUGCUGAGAGGUUCAGCGAAGAAAAUCAAAAAGGAAUCAUUAUUACCGCAGAAGUGGAUGCCAUUAUCAAUGCCUUUGAUAGAAGAUAUAUCAAGAUGCUGAUGCCUUAUGUAUUCAUGAAAAAAGACGAUUCCUGGUGGAUGUCGCAAAUGAUGCAAUUCAGCCUAGUACACAGAUGCUUUGGGGCAGCUGGAAUCGUUCCCCUCUUUUUCAAUUUUGUCAAUGACUUGCACCGCGAUUAUCCAAGAGGCUUAGAACUUGAAAAGGCGAGCCUGUUGUUGCACCAAAAUUAUGAACAAUACAUGGGCGUCGACUUUUUUCGCGGCAAAUUUGGCAUCUAUCAAUAUGAACAUAAAGAGGGGCCUUUUCUCGACGUUGCAACAGCAGCCGUUCAAGUACGCAAGCAAUUGGAGAACUCUCAGGCAUCCUGUGGUAAUUUGACACAGCGCUUUCACGAUUGGGAAGAUUCUUGGGGAACAUGCAUUGCCUUUCAACAACGCUUAGAAGAAGAGCAGAGCCAUCCGCUGCCAAGAAAGCCUAUACGGUAG